AUGGAGGGUCAAAACGAGAACGAUGAGCUCUACCCCAUCGCGGUGCUCAUUGAUGAGCUGAAGGUACUUGGGUAUCCGCUCCUCCCCCUCCACCGGUGGAGGGGGAACCUAUUGGCCCAAGCUCACAUCCCAAUGUCACAGCACGACGAUGUUCUCCUCAGACUGAAUGCUAUCCACCGUCUAUCUACGAUCGCUCUGGCCCUGGGCCCCGAGAGAACCCGGGACGAGCUGAUCCCAUUCUUGGAUGACUCUGUUGAGGAUGAAGACGAAGUAUUGACCGCGUUGAGCGAGGAGUUGGGCAACUUCACAGAGUACGUUGGGGGGCCAGAACACGCGCACGUGCUUCUGUCACCGCUGGAGAACCUGGCGGCGAUCGAGGAGCCUUUAGUCCGGGAGAAGGCUGUUGAAUCGCUCAACAAGGUCUGCGAGCAGCUCUCGGAGAGCCAGGUCGAAGAGCACUUUGUCCCCCUGGUCCUCCACCUUUCCAAAGCCGACUGGUUCACCUCCAAGGUCUCCGCAACAGGUCUGUACUGUUCACCAUACCGAAAAGCCGCGCUGGCGCUGCAGCAGAGCCUCCGACAGCACUUCGGGGCCCUCGUACACGAUGAGACCCCGAUGGUACGCCGGCAAGCCGCCAACAACCUGGCGAAGUUCGUCAAGGAGAUGCAGACUCCCGUGAUUAUCGAUGAAAUGAUACCCCUUUUCCAAUAUUUGGCCAGCGAUGACCAAGACAGCGUGCGUCUGUUGACUGUGGACAUCCUGAUCUCGAUCGCAGAGGAAAUCCCUAAGGAGCAGCAGCCCAGCCACGGUGUGCUGUUGACAUCGCUGCGCAAUCUCUUUGAGGACAAGAGCUGGCGGGUCCGCUACAUGGUUGCUGAUAGAUACGAGAAGAUUGCCAAGGCUGUACACGAAGAGGUUGUUACACGCGACAUGGUGCCCGCUUUUGUCAAGCUUCUGAAGGAUACCGAGGCCGAGGUCCGCACUGCGAUUGCUGGCCAGAUUCCUGGUUUCUGCAGCUUGAUCGACCGGGAUACGCUGCUUAAUGAGAUCAUGACUAGCGUGGAGGACCUGGUGUCUGACCAGUCUCAACACGUCCGAGCCGCCUUGGGCACUCAGAUUAGCGGUCUGGCGCCCAUUCUUGGCAAGGAAGAGACUAUUGCCCAUUUGCUUCCUAUGUUCCUCCAAAUGCUCAAGGAUGACUUCCCUGACGUUCGUCUGCACAUUAUCUCCAAGCUCGAGCAGGUUAACAAGGUUAUCGGCAUCGACCUUCUCUCUCAGUCUCUCCUACCCGCAAUUGUCCAGCUAGCUGAGGACAAGCAGUGGCGUGUGCGUCUUGCCAUCAUCGAAUACAUUCCUCUCCUCGCCAGCCAGCUGGGCGUCAAUUUCUUUGAUGAGCAAUUGAGUGAUCUUUGCAUGGGAUGGCUAGGCGACACAGUCUUCUCGAUCCGAGAGGCCGCUACUCAGAACCUGAAGAAGCUUACUGAGGUGUUUGGCGUGGAAUGGUCGAAGGAGUCCAUUAUUCCCAAGGUGAUGGCCAUGGGGCAGCACCCCAACUACCUUUACCGCAUGACCACAUGCUUCGCUGUUUCUACGCUCGCCCCGGUUGUUACUCUCGAUAUCAUUGAAAACUCCCUUCUCCCCAUCCUGGACCGACUUGUGGCGGACGAGAUCCCCAAUAUCCGCUUCAACGUCGCCAAGUCUUACGCCAUUCUCAUCGAAACACUGCGCCGUCUCCCGGAGGAUAAGACGCUGGUUGAGGUGGAGAAGUCCGAGGACACCGUUACCCCCUCGCCCAAAAGCCAGGACCUGAUUCAGCAAAGAAUCCUUCCUAGCCUGGAGAAGCUGCAGGAGGAUGAUGACGUCGAUGUCCGAUAUUUCGCUACCACCGCGGGCGGCGCUCAGGAGGAAUCCAUGCAGACUUCUCCUUGA